AGGAACGGAGAAAGACCGGUUGGUUGGUAACUUUCCUUGUUUGUUGUGUUGUUCUAUUUUUCGCUCUCUUUCGCCUCUCAUAUUGCCUUCCUUCCUUCAGCUACCUCCUCCUCCUCCUUCCUGUACUUGCACCUACGUAACUCAUCUUCUAUCUCUCUCUCCAAUUUCAUUCGGUUUCUAAGCAAAAUCUCAAUUUUCUCUUUGAAAACUAGCUAGUCAGCGUCCAAUUCCAACAUCGAUUUUGCCUUUCAUUCCACGUAAUCGUUUUCUUUGGUUUUCAUCUAAUUCCGAUUCUAGGGCUUACCCAUAACAAGAAAUUGCAUUAAUUAGAUAUUGAAUAUUAUUAAGUUUUAUGGAUUGAUCACCCGCUAUACUAGUUGAAUUCAAUCUGGAAUGGCCACUGGUGCCGGUGACGACAACGACGCCGUUUUGAGCGAUGUGGAGGGUGAGGAUCCGGUGCCGAUCGCUAUUAGAAGUCCGAGUUUGGAAGAUUUAUCCGUAGAGAGAUAUCGCGACCUGCUUGCUGAGCUCGAUCGCGAGAGAGCUGCUCGUGAGGCAGCCGAGACGUCCAAGUCUGAACUGCAGGUUUCGUUCAAUCGGUUAAAGGCGCUCGCGCAUGAGGCGAUCAAGAAGCGAGACGAGUGCGGGAGGCAGCGGGAUGAAGCUGUGCGCGAGAAGGAAGAGGCUUUGAAGGAGAAGGAGAGAAUAUCUGCGGAUUUGGUUGAAUUGAGUAAGUUAAAGGAGGAGUCUGUGAAGCAGAGAGAUGAGAUUGGGAAGCAAUUUGAGGAGGCGGUGAAAGCUAGGGAUGGAUUGCAAUCGGAGAUUGAGAGUUCGAGGCACAUGCUAGUCAGCGGAAUUGAGAAGAUAUCUGGAAAAGUGAGUAACUUCAACAAUUUUGCUGCUUCAGGGUUGCCUAGGUCGCAGAAAUACAUUGGAUUGCCGGCUGUUGCUUAUGGGGUUAUUAAGAGGACAAAUGAGAUCGUUGAGGAGCUCCUUAGGCAGAUUGAUGCGACGGCAAAAUCUAGAAAUGAAGCAAGAGAACAGAUGGAGCAGAGGAAUUACGAGAUUGCCAUUGAGGUUUCUCAGCUUGAAGCUACAAUUAGUGGAUUAAGAGAUGAAGUGCAGAAGAAGACUUCAUUGAUUGAAAGUUUAGAGAAGAGUGUUGCGGAAAAGGAAGUGAAGGUUUCUGAGAUUGAGAGAGAGAUGGUUGAGAAGACACAUUUGGUAGAAGAUGAAGCGUUGGAGCUGAGGGAGUUAAUUAGUGAGUAUGAUGAUAAGUUAAGGAAUUUGGAGUCGAGGAUGGAAUCGCAGAGGCCUUUAUUGAUUGAUCAAUUGAAUUUUGUGGCGAAAAUUCAUGACCGGCUUUAUGAUGUUAUUAAGAUAGUUGAUGCUAAUCAUCUAGAUUCAGAGUUGUCAGAGUCCUUGUUUCUUCCACAACACACGGACAUGGAGGAGAAUAUACGUGCUUCUUUAGCAGGGAUGGAAUCAAUUUAUGAGUUAACUAGAAUUGUUGUGGAAAAAACAAAGAAUUUGUUGGAGGAGAAGAGUCAUCAAGCAAAGAGUUUGAAUGAAUCGAUAGGGCGAUUGGUUAAGGAGAAAGAACAAAUUGGAUCUUUACUUAGAAGUGCUUUGUCAAAGAGGAUGAAAUUGGACCAAUCUUCCAAAACAAACGAAUUGUUCAAAGCUGCAGAGAAUGGCUUAAAAGAGAUUGGCAUAGAUUUCAAAUUUAGUAAGAUUCUUGGGGAUCUUAAGGUUCCAACUUCUCAAGAUAAAGAUGGCUCUUUUGAUAUGGAAGAGGAUGAAAUAUACACUCUGGCUGGUGCACUGGAGAAUAUUGUCAAGACAUCUCAGCUCGAGAUCAUUGAGCUUCAGCAUUCUGUGGAGGAAUUAAGGGCAGAAGCGAGUUUACUUAAAGAGCAUAUAGAGGCUCAAGCAAAGGAGCUGGACCAUAGAAUGCUUAGAAUAGAGGAACUUGAAGAGAAGGAGAGAGUGGCAAAUGAAAGUGUUGAAGGGCUAAUGAUGGACAUUGCUGCCGCUGAAGAAGAAAUAACAAGAUGGAAAGUAGCAGCAGAGCAAGAGGCUGCUGCUGGCCGAGCUGUUGAGCAAGAAUUUGUGGCUCAGCUGUCGGCACUUAAACAGGAACUUGAAGAGACAAGUCUAGCCAUGUUAGAAUCAGAGAAAAAGCUAAAAUUCAAAGAAGAGACAGCAGCUGCUGCCAUGGCAGCAAGGGAGGCUGCUGAGAAGUCAUUGAGAUUGGCUGACAUGAGAGCAUCUAGGCUGAGGGAUAGAGUGGAGGAGCUUAGCCAUCAGCUUGAAGAGUAUGAAACUCGAGAAGACUCAAGGGGACGAAAUGGUCCUAGAUAUGUAUGUUGGCCAUGGCAGUGGCUUGGAAUUGACUUUGUGGGCAUCCGCAAACCUGAAACACAACAACAGAAUUCAAAUGAAAUGGAGCUUUCUGAACCCCUUUUGUGAUUAUACAUUUACUUUUUUUUUUUCUUCUUCUUUCUUUUUUUUUUUGGUGUAUUUAUUUUGAACUUUCAAAAUUUUUACAUUCAAGAAAUGGUAGUUCAUUUCGUUA